AUGCGACUACAACUCGCAACCCUGCAGUGCUCGCUAGCUGCAAUCGCCUACGCCUUUGUCUUUCUUACCCCUCUUGUCCAAGCCGCAGCGGACGAGAGAAGCCCCGACAUUCAUGGGGCGAUCAUCGGCGAAGGCGCCGGCUUCCCGGUAGCCCUGGACUCGUUCAACGGGCUGGAACUGCGGAAUGUGGAUGCAGAGGACGAGUCCAAUGGGCUCGAUCUGGUGAAACGAUAUCCGUCGGAUGCUAUCUCGAUGGCAAACAAUAAUUUUCAAGCCAGAUCGAUCGAAGUGGGCCAGAUCCAGUGGUGGUAUAUCCCCAAAAACGUCGUUCACGGCAAGAAGGCCGGGCCGAGCAAGGGGUUUCCGCCCUUUGCUACUCGAAGUUUGGACGAUCAGUUGGAUGAAGAAGCACACAAUGAGCUGCGGAAGCGAGCCGAUGAUAACAACCGAGUGCCCGUUUAUCUGUCGUUGACGACGUGCCAAGCACCCUCCACCAACAAGACCGAUGCCAAACCCUUUGACCAACUCGAGGUGUAUGUGUCGUUGUCGGAUAAGAUUGAAAUGCCUGGUCCAGAGCAUCAGGGCAACCCGCUGCAGAACAUGACCCGCGCGUCUGACGGGUACUGGAGCAGAGAGGUACAGGCCGACGGCGACGUAUUCGUCGCCGUCGUAGCGCCCAAUUCGACCGAAUACUCCGGGGAAUACGAAUACCAGAUCGCCGUUUCGAUCGAUUCAUAUUUCCACGUCGUCGACGAUAAAGAACCCUUUCUGUACUUCAUCGACGCAGAUAUGCGCGCCGCGCUGCUGGUCACGAACAACCUGACGGAAGCCGAGCCGGACUCGCCGACGUAUCAGGAGUGGAUGGAUCUCGCACCGCCUUACACCAUGUUCGCGCACGGUGUCAACGAUUCCGCACUGGCGGGCCUGGAGCGAUCGUAUUGCGCCCUGCAAAAGUAUGCCCUUCCCCAGGUCAGUGAAACUGAGGUGGGCAUGACCAAUCGCGGACUGGGGAAUAAGCCCAAGCAGCAGUUUUAUAUCACGGGACUCAAUCGGAGUUCGGAAUAUUAUGGGAUUCUGGCGAUGGCGGGAAAUUCCACGGCUAGCGGAAAUAAUAUUGUUGGUGGUGGUGGGAAGUUGUGGAAGCCGAUGAACUUUACUACCAAAGCUGAUGAUAACUGCGCGGUUCUCUUCAACCUAACCUUCUGCUCAGAGGUUGCGUAUGCCGUACCGUCUAACCCGGAUCUCUCAGUCGAAACCCUCCGGUCUAUCUACGAUGAUUACGCCGCGCAGAUGUACAAGAACUUCACCUACUCGCUGCAGCAAGUCCAAUGCAACACGACGCCCGAGUCCAUGUACUCGCUCGCAGUCGGCUGCUCCAACUGCUCAACCGCCUACAAGCAAUGGCUCUGCAGCGUCAGCAUCCCGCGCUGCGCAGACUUCCAAAGCCAGGAGUGGUACCUCCAAGUGCGGAACGCUGGCCAAAAUUUCAUCAAUGGCAGUUCCUUACCUGCAGAUGAUCCCCUCCGGCAAUCAGUUGCAACGAACAGGUCUCGCAAUCCCCUCAUUGAUACGGAGAUCAGGCCGGGUCCCUACAAGGAGAUUCUGCCGUGUUCGGAUAUUUGCUACUCGCUGGUUAGGGGUUGUCCUGCUGCGCUGGGGUUCGGGUGUCCCACAGGGAAAUGGCUGAAUGCGUCUUAUGGCUGGCGGGAUCCCAAUGGGGAUAUCACUUGCAGUUACCUGGGAGCGGCUUAUUACCUAAAUAGUUCGCCGAGGAUGCAGAUGUGGCUGGGGGUGUACAUGCUGAGCGGAAUGUGGACGAUUUUCUGGGCGUUUCUCUAG